AUGGCGAGAGUCAUCUUCCCCAUCUGGGCCGCGCCCAUUGCCCCGACCAACUUUAACGUCGUCACUGCCCUGCUGGGUGGCUUCAUUUCCCUCUUUGGGCUCGUUUCAUACCUGCUCAAGGAGCACUUUUACCUCUCGGAAGCUCUCAUUUCCAUGGUCAUUGGCGUCGCCUUUGGUCCCAAAGGUGCCCAAUUCAUUCGCCCCGAGCAAUACGCUGGCUGCCCUCAGAAUGACCUCUCUCCGACGCAGUGCGAGGCCAACAUUGACGCCAUCACCCUUGACUUCUCCCGACUGGUCCUCGCCGUCCAGCUGGUCCUCGCCGGCGUGCAGCUGCGUAGCAAGUACAUGUGGCUCGAGGCCAAGUCGGUGCUACUCCUCGUAGGCCCCGGCAUGGCCAUGAUGUGGAUCGCCACCAGCCUGCUCGUCUGGGGCCUGCUCGGCACGCCCAGCUUCCUCCACGCCAUGGCCGUCGGUGCCUGCGUCACGCCCACCGACCCCGUCCUGUCCGCCGUCAUCGUCAAGGGCAAGUUUGCCGACAAGAACAUCCCCAAAGAGCUGCAGGACCUCAUCGUCGCCGAGUCGGGCACCAACGACGGCCUCGGAUACCCCUGGCUGUUCCUCGCCCUCUACCUCAUCAAGUACAUUGGCGCCGGCGCGAACCCCGCGGACGGUGGUGCCGGCCAAGCUAUGGGUCUUUGGUUCGCGCUGACGUGGGCCUACGUCAUCCUCAUGAGCAUCGCCUAUGGCGCUGUCGUGGGGUUGCUUGGGCAGUAUCUGCUUCACUGGGCAGAGGACCGCGGCUGGGUCGAUCGUGAGAGCUUCCUCGUCUUUGCCAUUUCGCUAGGCCUCUUUGUUCUCGGCACCUGCGGUCUCAUCGGCACUGACGACGUCUUGGCCUGCUUUGUCGCUGGCAACGCCUUUACGUGGGACGAUUGGUUCCGACUGGAGACUAAAGACGACUCGUUACAGCCCACAGUCGACAUGCUGCUCAAUGUUUCCAUCUUCCUGUGGUAUGGUGCUGUCAUUCCUUGGGACCUCAUUGCCCAUAAUGACUUUACCUCGCUCUCCCGUGUGAUCCCGCUUGGGUUUCUCAUUCUGCUGCUUCGUCGCCUUCCUUGGAUCUAUGGUAUGCAUAAAUGGAUCCAUCAAAUUGACAGUCACCGAAAUGCCAUUUUCGUUGGCUUCUUCGGCCCCAUCGGCGUGUCGGCCAUCUUCUACCUGUACAUUGCCAACGAGUUCAUUGACAGACAUUUGAGUGACGAUAAUGGAGUUCCCCGAGAAGAUGUCAAGAAUCUUCGGGACACGGUGACUGUGGUGGUUUGGUUCAUGGUCGUGGCGAGCGUCGUGGUGCACGGUUUGUCCAUCCCUCUCGGCAAGUUGGGCUACCUGGCUCCUCGCACGCUGAGUCGUGCCUUGAGCGGCGAUGUCAGCGACGCCGCACAGAGCGACAGACCGGUGCUGCCCGGACUCGGCCGCCGCAUCAUUGGCAUCAAAGAUGACCAGGGGCAGGGACGUGAUGGCGGCGUGACCGGCACCUCGUCACGGACACACUCUGUGCGAGAGCGCCGUAGGGACAUUGAGUCCGGGUCGCAACAAGACUUAUCGCAGGGUGCUGCCUCUGAGCCAAAGCCCUCGGUGAGGCGUGAAAUUCGCUUCCCCGAUGAUCCCUCAACCUCUUCGUGA